AUGCGCCGGUCGGCCAACAAGGCGCCGGUGCUUGUGCCGCAUCCCCGAAAAGUGUGUCGCUUUUUUUCGGCAUCUGGAGAUGCUGAGGCGAACGGGUGUGGACGUGAGGGGACAGGUGUUCCGGUCACGGAGGAGGACGAACUGAUUCACCGUGGGUACGUCUUGCACCACCAGUUCGACUAUGAGGGUGCUAUUGAAUGUUUUGACAGGGCACUGAAGCUGCCAAACGCGUCGAAUCGUCUCCAAGCGCUUUACUACAAGGCCAUUUCGCUGCAUAACUCGGACAGGCUCGAGGCGGCGCUCUCUUGCUACGAGGAAUGUCUAGAGAUCAACAGCGAGGUGGCGGUGAUUCACGACGGCCAAGGGACGACGUAUUUGGAUUGCGACGAGUACGAGCGGGCGCUGAAGUGUUUUGACGCGGCGAUUGAACUUGACCCCGAUUGCGCGGAGUUCUACGCGAACAAGGGGAUUUGUCUCGUGAACCUCGACAGGAACGACGAGGCGCUUGCCUGCUUGGACCGGGCUCUGGAAAUUGAGGAGAAAUGCGUCAACGCGUGGAAUUACAAGGGCGUGUGUUUGUACGAGAUGGGUAAAAAGGACCAGGCGUUUUCGUGUUUUGAGAGGGCGCUGACUAUCGGUCCCGCGGACGUCUACACGCUGAUGAAUUACGGCACGUUGUCGUUCGAGGAUGGGCGCUUUGCCAGUUCGGUCGAGUGCUUCGACGCUCUGCUCCAAAUAAACCCUCGAGACGCGGCGGCGUGGACGUACAAGGGGCUUUGCUUCUUGGAGAUGGAGCGGUACCAAGAGGCGUUGGACGUGUUCGACCUGUGCCUGAAGCUCUCUCCGGAGAGCGCGCUGGUUUGGAGGAGCAAGGGGACCGCCCACGAGCGGCUGGGACAGCGCGAAAGCGCUCUGAAGUGCAAGCGAAGGGCUCAAGAAAUUGAACGAAAUUGA